UUCAAGCUUAGGUUUUAAUAGUGUAAAAAAUUAAUUGUUUUAUAGUUACCGUCGUCACGACUCAAAAUUGUUGAGAGAAUUUUCGCGUUUGUCAGUUAUGAAGCUGUAUGAUUUUAAGCAAUAGUUGACCCACUCAAUGAACCGCCGCCCUUUUCCCUUCCGUUCCCUCGCCGCCGCCACCACUGCAGAUUCCGCCGCCGCCGCUAUGUCCUAUCGCCCUCACUUCAGAGGUGGCCGUUCUCAAUUCGGGAGAGGCUACUGCGAUAGGCCGGCGGGUCCCGGAGACCGACCGGAAUUUGUGUCCGGCGAUUCCCACUUCAGUGCGGUUCGAAAUGCCAACCACGGCUACCGGCCUAGCUAUAAUGCUGUCCCUCCGCCUCAGCUGCUGUAUAGGCCUGGACCGUGGUUUCAGCAGCCCGGCCCACCAAUCGCGCAGGCGCAUCAGAACCUGGGGCCUCGCCCUUUUAAACACCCAUCGCAGGGACGGCCAGCUUAUGGUAACUAUCAGCAGUUUAGGCCACAGCAAAUGCGGCAGCAGUUCAGGCCUAGGGCCACGAAGCCUCCGGAUUAUAGAGCGUGGGAGUACAGCAAACUGAAGCUACCUCCUCAUUGCGAGCGAUUCACUGUUCUCUCUUACAAUAUACUGGCUGACUACUUGGCCGCCGAUCACCGGCACAAACUUUACUUUCAUGUUCCUGGCUAUAUCAUGGACUGGAAUUGGCGCAUGAAAAAUAUCAUUUUUGAGCUUGGAUUAUGGUCAGCUGACAUUUUGUGUUUUCAGGAGGUUGAUAGAUUCCAAGACAUAGAAGUAGAACUGAAUCAACGUGGAUACAAUGGCAUUUGGAAGAUGCGAACUGGUAAUCCUGUUGAUGGUUGUGCUAUAUUUUGGCGUGCUUCAAGAUUCAAGAUGAUUUUUGAAGAAUCUUUUGAAUACAGAAGGUUUGGCCUUCGGGACAAUGUUGCUCAAAUAUGUGUGUUUGAGUCUCUGAGUGGGUCGGGUAUCAGUAGUGGGGCGUCUACCCUGCCAACAAGUUCAGCAAGCUCUAACAGAGUUGUUGUUUGCAACAUUCAUGUGCUUUUCAAUCCUAACAGGGGAGAUAUUAAGCUUGGACAGAUCAGGGUCCUCCUUGAAAGGGCAAAUGCUGUUUCUAAGCUUUGGAAUGAUGCUCCCAUAGUUAUUUGUGGAGACUUUAACUGCACUCCCAAGAGUCCCAUGUACAACUUUAUCAAAGAUAAAGAGCUAGAUCUGUCAAAAGUGGCUCGUGACAAGGUCUCUGGACAAGUCUCUGCUGAAAUAAAUCGACCAGCACCUGCUUAUCCUGAUUUUCGGGCAGAACGUGCUGCUACUUUUAUCCAAGCUCCAGCAGUCGACUCUAAAAGAGUAGAACAACAAGAUUUGCCUUUAAAUGCUCAGGAGUUUCCACGUACUAACCUUUCCAGUAGUCCCCCUUCUGCAAGAAGCCACUUUCAGCCUGGAUCUCCGAUUGUGGCUGAGACUGAUUCAUGCUCUACUGUAGAAGACAGAAGACAACAAAUUAAUGACUUGCCUAACCAUGAUGCUGUAGAAAUUUGUGCCAUCGAGGGCAUGUCAAGUCCAUCUAUCCCUCAUAAUAUUUUGAAUCAAAGUGUUAGUAAAGUUGAAGGUGGCAUCGAGUCUCCUAUUUUGUGCGAUAAGGGAACAGAUGAAAUUUCUAUGUUGGAGUCUUCUAGUAAAGAUAUCCACUCUCAGGCAACUAAAGGAGGAGAAUACGUAGCAGAUUUGUUAUCUGAGACCCCAGAUAACCAUAUUCAACAUCAGGGCUUGUCUGGAAAUCAUUCAGAUGAUCUUUCUAUCACUUUGAACAUUAACUCAGAUUCAUCUGACAAUGAGGGCCCUUCGAACAACUCUGGUGGGCACAAUUCGUCCGAGCAUGAAGCUGUUGCAAUAUCUGCUUCAGCUUCAACGGGGGAGGACAAGACAUGCAGAGUAUCUUUUGCCCUCAAAUCUACAAGUUCUGAUAACAUACUGGAUCAGAAAUUUGAGACCUUGUCACUUGAUGAAGUAGUUAAUGAUUCUACACAGAAAGUCUUUGAAGAUUCUGAGUCAUUCUUAUGCGAAUUGCAUUCUAAAGAUGGUAGUUCCCCCAGCCAAAAGCAGGAGAAUGUCUUUGGUACCGAAAACUUCCGAUUCAGUCCAUCUGAUUGGACUCCAGCAGAAAUAGAACUGGCAACUGGCAGUGCAGACUGUAAGGUCAUGGAGCACCCUUUGAAGUUGACAAGUGCAUAUACAGAAGUUGAGAGUUGUUCGGAAUUAAGAGAUUCCAGUGGUGAGCCAUAUGUCACCAGCUAUCACAAACUUUUCUCAGGCACAGUUGAUUAUAUAUGGCAUUCUCAAGGUCUAGAAACUGUAAAGGUGCUUGCUCCAAUUCCCAAGCAUGUUAUGCAUCAAUCUCGGGGAUUUCCCACAAAGAAAUGGGGAAGUGAUCACAUUGCAUUGGUUUCGGAAUUCGUCUUCACUAAAGAUAUCUCCUCAUAGUCUCCCGCGUCAAAUAUAACAUAUGCACAUUAGUUUCAACUCCCUAGCAAGGUAAGGCGUCCUCCCAGCAUUAGCUUUUGCAUCAUCGGUUCGCCUCUUCUCUCGAUUUUAUUUGAUCUUUACUAAUAACUGGAGAGUUGGUUCUUGGAUGACUUCUUCCAAGAUUUGAGCUUGAACCUAUUUUGCAUGUUGAAUAUUUAUAUUUUGCAAAAUUUAGUUGAAGUCAAGAUAGGAAUGAGUAGGAAGCGAGGCACCACAUGUGAUCACGUUGUAAGAAUAAUUUCAAAAUAUUGAUAUGGAUUUUGUAUA